AUGAGAGAUCCGGAUUUCUGGGAAGACCCUCUUGAGUUCAAGCCAGAGAGGUUUUUAACAUCUUCAAGAUCAGGGCAAGAAGAGGAGAGAAAUGAGCAAGCAAUGAAGUAUCUUCCUUUUGGUGGCGGUAGGAGAGGAUGUCCUGCAUCAAAACUAAGUUAUAUGGCACUAGGAACAACAAUAGGAAUGAUGGUGCAGUGCUUUGAGUGGAGAAUCAUAGGAGAGAAGGUCAACAUGGAUGACCGGUAUAAAUGUUUCAGCAAAACCAUGGCACAUCCUCUUACGUUGACUCCUGUUACUCGACUAUCAAACCUUGAAUUGAAAACUUUAGUGAAUUUGCAGACCUAA